UAAUAUGUUUGUUUAUACAAAAGAAAAAAAGCUUGUAUGGAUUUAUUAGUGUUUGCAUCGGCCUUAAUGGUGAUCUUUGUGCUGUUGCAGAUACGUCCGAUUCUCCGACAAAUCAGCCACAAGUUGUGUGGCUUGGGAUUAGCUGGGAAACCAGCUCGCCAAGUUUUUCACAGAAUGUGUCCACUUUUUUGACCUGCUACAUGACACAGCAAUUUGACAUACGAUCGAUUUCCUAUUGUGAUAUUGAUAUCAAUGCUUACAGAUUAGUACCACCUAUGUAUUUGUCUUGUCUGGACUAAGUGUACUGCAAAGUACUAGCAAUGCAGCACUGCAACACUGCAAUGUACUAUCAGACAAUGUAGUUCAGUCAGGGCAAUGUUUAGUGUGCAACUGUGGUUGUCUUGAAAGAUCUGUCGCUUAGUUUGUGCUUUUUUGCUGUAGUGUCAGUGGGAGAAACACAAAUUGGUAGAUAAGUUACAUUCAGUGCCUUGCAGUUUCAUUUUGCUUUUGCUGAAACAAUGAAAAAAAUAAUUGAUAUUUGUUUGUAAUGCACUAAUAUAGAGAAAUGCUUCUUUGUUUGAUGCAAAGAAAUAUGGCAGUAUUCUCCUCCACUAAGAAAUGUGAUGCUAUUCUAACUUUUAUAAAAGAUGUCCUUGUUCUCUCUUUGGUUUCUUAUGUUUUCCAUUUGCAUUUAUAAUAAUUUCUUUCAUUCAUAUUGUCGUGAACAUAACAAUAUAAUUAUAUUUCAUUCCAUAUGCUUCACGUGUUCAGCUAUCAGUUGAUGGUUUUGUUGUACUGCAUUGUCUGAAUUUAAUGUAAAAAAGAACUGUAAUACUUUGUUUAAUACUUGUAAUAAUGUAACACUUUGCUUGGGCAGCAUUGCUGCCUGCAGUAUUGUGUAAAUAAAAAUAAAUGGUCAUUGCAUGAUAGAGUGUUACAUAUACAAAGUAAUUUGGCUAUGUUGGUAUAAUAUCAAAAUAGCUUGCCGAAUCCAACCUCUCUCCAUUGCCAGAAGGAGCUUGUGUUCAGAAUACUUAUUUACAUAUAAUGAGCAAAACGUGAACAAGGUGAAUGCAGGUGCCAACGUUUCGACAAGUGGACUUGUCUUCUACGUUGGCUCCUGCAUUCACCUUGUUCAACGUUGGCUCCUGCAUUCACCUUGUUCAAACGUUGGCUCCUGCAUUCACCUUGUUCAAACGUUGGCUCCUGCAUUCACCUUGUUCACGUUUUGCUCAUCGUCUUGAAUUUCCAUCUCCCGCAUUCCCCGUAUUUUCCCUGGAUAAUUUACAUAUAGAAAGAUAAGUACUUGAGUAAGACAUAUAGUGCACCAGUGCACUCUUGUUUAAUAUGGGAGCUGUGUAGGCCAGAGUUAUCACUUUUUUGCACACAAGUGUGGCAACUCUUGGAAUGCCAGGUUGAGCACUCUAGUUCAAUGAAAUGUGUGACACAUAGUUUGUAUCACAUUCUGAUGCUUUUUGUGACUUUGUAGGUUUCUUGCCAUCGGAGUCCACGGACGAAUACCACUCGCUUGUGUCUGUACGGGGCCAACAGCAUUACUGCCGGCAGUGCACUUAUGUGACCAAGUACAAGAUCAACAUGAACGCACACCUGUGCAGCCACACAGGCAAGCGCCCCUUCAAGUGUCACAUGUGCGCAAACAGGUUCACUCGGAACUACCACCUGAAACAGCACCUGCGCAGCCACACAGGCGAGCGCCCCUUCAAGUGCCACCUGUGCCCGAACGAGUUCACCCAGAAUUGCCACCUGAAGCAGCACCUGCGCACCCACACGGGAGAGCGUCCCUUUUCCUGCAAGCAGUGUGCUGCAUCCUUUUCACGAAAGGAAACCCUCUACAAGCACAUGUCCGCUCACACGGAGAAGAGGCUCUUACAUGAAAUCUGUGACACAUGGUUUGCAACACAUUCCGAUGCUUUUUGUGUCUUUGCAGGUUUCGCGCUGUCGAAGUCCAUGGAUGAAUACCGGUCACUCGUGUCUGUGCGGGGCCAACAGCAUUACUGCCAGCAGUGCACUUAUGUGACCAAGUACAAGAGCAGCAUGAAUGCACACCUGCGCACACACACAGGCGAGCGCCCCUUCAAGUGCCACCUGUGUACAAAGAAAUUCAUUCUCAGUAACCACCUGAAGGAGCAUCUGCGUACACACACAGGCGAGCGCCCCUACAAGUGCAACCUGUGCACAAAGAAAUUUACUUGCAAUAGCAACCUGAAGGGGCAUCUGCGUACACACACAGGCGAGCGCCCCUACAAGUGCCACCUGUGCACAAAGAAAUUUACUUGCGAUAGCAACCUGACGAAGCAUCUGCACAAGCACACAGGCGAGCGCCCCUUCAAGUGCCACUUGUGCCCUAAUGAAUUCACUCAGAACUGCAGCCUCAAGCGGCAUCUUCUUAGCCACACAAGAGAGUGCCCCCUUUAAUGCAUGCACUGCACUGCAUCUUUUUCGUGGAAGGAAAUGCUCGACAACCACAUGUCCUCUCACACAGAGAAGAGGCUGUAAAGAUUUUGGGCCUAAAUAAAUUUCUGAAACACUGCAA